AGCGGUGAAAUUCAAAAUUUGAACAGUAGCUCUAGUGUGUAUGUGCGCGUGCAGAGGAAGAUUUAGAAAGUUGUGGUUUCGGCUGCUCUAUCCGGAGAGGAAAACGGGUUUAGCGUUAAAUUGUUCUGGAAUGGAUCCUUUCACUGAGAAACUGUUGGAGCGCACACGAGCUCGCAGGGAGAAUCUUCAGAAGAAGAUGGCGGAGAGGCCCACAGCAGCCAACCGACAAAUGACCAAGCGGUCAAGAGAGCCACUUACAGAGACGAACAGCGUCGUCAGUCAGCCACCGGCUGAAAAAGUACUUCCUUCUUCCAAACCCUCUCCUUCUAAGCGUCGCUGCUCAGAGGAGAAUGCUCGUUUCAGUGGGGAAGAGAACAAGGAGCCUGUUGCUCUUCAGGUCACGGCUUCAGAGCCUGUAACAGACAAGAAGCCCCCCAUUGCAUCAAGCAGUAUCCACUUAGCCACAGUGGAGAGACGAGCUGUCCAUUCUAGCUCAGACUCGGGCACAGGGCUUGCACACCCGCCUCAAGUCACUGAGAAAAUGGAGGCUUGUCCUUCACAGACAAUAACAGGCUUCACAGAUAAGGUGAUGAAGCGUUCUGUGAUUGAGGAAAGCGGUGAAGUUCUCAAAGACACUCCUGCUCCCAUUCCAGCUGCCAGCAGCAUGAAGUCUCGCCUGCAGAGACUGGCAGAACAGAGGCAGUACUGGGACUCGGAGGGUAGUUUUGAGCCAGUUCCCAACAGUGCAGCCCUGUCCCCUGUUAAAUCCCAGAGGCUGGAGAUUGCUACUAAUCCAGCUCCAGCCAUCACGUCAGAGAAACCAUCAGGCAGGAAGGGCAGACUGGCAGACCUUGCUGCAACAAUCAGUUCCUGGGAAGAUGAUCUUGGGCAUCCAUCUACUUCCAGCAACAAUGCAAAAGGGCAGCCUAGUGCAGCUUGUGUUCCUUCUCCAGCACGUGUGGGAAUGGGUGCCAAUGUCAAGCCUGUUGCUGCUGCUGCACAACAAGCUAAGUCUGUCCAGCCAGUUGCUAGCAAGCCUGUCCACAGCACUCAGCAGCUGCCAGUUUAUUCUCCAGUCAGAUCAUCCAGAGUGAUUCCUCCAAGCCCUCAGAAGACUGAGGUGCCUGAGCCAAAACUGGCCAAAGGACACCUGUCCCCUGCAUCCAGCCCCUUGAAAAGCUUCUCUAGUCACCACUCCACUCCACUCCAAUCUGGAAGAGUCCCAUCUUCUCCUCAGGCUACCCAGUGUUCCCAAAGCCCUCUGAAGACUCAGGCCCCAUGCAAAGAACUUGGGCCAGGAAAAGUGGUUAAUGCAAGUCCUGCAAAAGCCAACGUUCCUACCAACCCUUCCUCCAGUGUAGUGCUCUCACAGGCUGCGGAGAGGCUGACCAAGGAUACAACACCCCUACAGAAAAGUGGCCCAAUUGGAUCUGCUGGGGGUGUGAAGUCAUUUUUGGAGCGUUUUGGGGAAAGGUGCCAAGAACGUAAUCAGGGUUCUCCUCUUAACGGCGUGGGUCUGGCUCGUACACCUGCUGUUACACCAUCAUCCGCUCACAAAUCGAGACUGCUUCAGGAGAGGCUUGCUGUCACGCAGGGAGCUUCCAGCACUGCCCUCCUCACCCAGAAGCAGAAAAUGGAACGUGAGGCAGAAUUGGCACAGGUUCGCAGUCGAUUUCAGAAUGGCAAGAUAUCGAAAAGCAGAGAGGAUCUCGCAGAGGACACAAAUAACCCAGAAUCUAAGAAGGUGGACGAUCCUAAUAAAAAGUCUGACCCAGUGCUUAACGAUGAGCCUUCAGCACCACUCCUGUAUAUUCCAGAAACGAAAUUCGGUGAAAAAGAAAAAUCAAAUAUAAAACCUGUCCCGUCAAGCCCGAUGAAGAAGGUUGAGUUUUCUCUCGAAAAUGCGGAAACGGACGAGGAAAGAGAAAAAGAAACAGAGGAGGAGAUACGAGAGACUGAGAUGAAUGUAGAUGGCUCCAUUAACUCCGAGGUCAUUAACGAUCUAUUUGAAGAUGUUUUGGAGGAGAAUGAUGAGCAUGAUGAAGAGGAAGAUGCACUAAACAUCUCCUCCAUGUCUCUCCUCACCCCGCUGGCAGAGACUGUGGCCGCUGUGGCCAAGAGCCCCGAGAGGAAAGUCAUGGUGAGUCUUGCAGAGACUUCAACCCCAGCCAGCUCAUUUAUUGAGAAAAAUGGGACUCCUGAGGGUGUAUCUAGGCCCACAAAAUUCCAAAGAACACGAAUGCUUCAUGCUGCCUCUUCUGACAGCAUUGAGACCCUAGAAGAACAGAAACUUCCCUACAGUAUCGAUGCAUACAGAUCAACCAGAGUGAAAGAGACUGAGAGACCUCAGGUGAAACAGGUGAUUGUGAGGAAGGAAGAUGUGUCACAAAGAAUGGAAGAGACCCAAAAUACCAGUCACAUUAACAUUAAACAAAAGAUGCAGAUUUUGACCAAUGAGAUGAACAUGCAGCAGACAGUGAUCCAUCAAGCCAGUCAGGCAUUGAACUGCUGCACAGAUGAGGAGCAUGGAAAGGGCUCUCAGGUUGAGGCUGAAGCUGAGCGGCUGCUGCUUAUAGCCACUGAGAGGAGGGUGGCUCUGAAAGCUGAGCUGGAUCGGCUGAAGGCAGAGGGACCAGCAGUUCAGAAGAAGAGCUCUUCCAAAGCUCAGGAUGACAUGGGCGUGUCUGCCACCAAAGGCUCCAUCACACUGCAAGACCUUCGAUUACCUCUUAAGGCUGACUUUGUCUGUUCUACCGCUAAUAAGCCUGAAGCUGGAAGCCAUUACUUCUUUGUGGUGAUCCGUGCUGGAGCUCAAAACAUGGUUGCUACUCCUCUGGCCAGCACCAACAAUGCACUCAGUGGGGAUGCCUUGACCUUUUCCACCAAGUUCACUUUGUCUGAUGUGUCCAGUGACUUUGAAAUUAAUAUUGAGGUCUACUAUCUUGUUCUGAAACGUGAGCUGGUUGUUGAUAAAAGAAAGAAGCCCGCCAAGUCCAAGGCAAUAACUCCCAAGAGAUUCCUUGCAAUCACUAAAAGCAAUCUCCAAACACCUGUAGUGGCAAGCCCUGGGGGUCCGAAUUCAGUGCGUACCAGCAACUUUGCUCUUGUUGGUUCACACAAGUUAACCUUGGCUGCUAUUGGAAAACACAAAUUUCCCCUGGAAAAGAUCAAAUAUGAAGGGUGUGAGAGCAGGCUUCUCAGUGACAUGUUUCAGAAUAAGGUGCCCUUUCUCUGUCCUUUGGAGGGCCAUAUUUACCUCAAGGUGCACUGUGAGGUUGACUCUCAUGUGCAGGAAAGAGGCUUUUUGACCAUGUUCGAGGACGUCAGUGGCUUUGGAGCCUGGCACAGGAGAUGGUGUGUCCUCUCCGGGUACUGCAUCUCCUACUGGACUUAUCCUGAUGAUGAAAAACGCAAGAAUCCUAUCGGUCGUAUCAAUUUGGCAAGCUGUACGAGUCGUAAAGUGGAGCCUGCUAACCGCGAGUUCUGUGCCCGGCCCAACACCUUUGAACUGAUUACAGUGAGACCACAAAGGGAUGAUGACAAAGAAACUCUGGUCAGCCAGUGCAAGAACACGAUGUGUGUCACAAAGAACUGGCUUAGUGCCGACACUAAAGAAGAGAGAAAUCUGUGGAUGCGGAAGCUCAAUCAAAUCCUGGUGGACCUGCGCAUGUGGCAGCCAGACUCGUGUUACAGGCCAAUGUGACCCUGACAGAGACAAAACCUCACAGGUCCGAAGUCUACGUGACAUGUCAAACUGUUUGCCGAGAAGUGCAAUACAAUAUCAGUUACGAAAUGUUUACAGUGGAAUAUAAAGUUGAGGAAUUGUAUAUUUGACUAAAGUCAUGGACAUGGGAGAUUAAAAUUCAAUAACGCAAUACUCAACAUUUUAAAGAUUUCGUAGGAGAGAAUAAUUCACCUUAAAUUGUUUGUAAAGGGCAGGUGCUGAUGUUUAGAACAGCUAAACGAUAACUGUACAGCUUAACGUAAACCUGAACAGUGUAUUGAAUUACAAAUGGCUUUACAAUAUGGGGGGGGAAGCCAUGUGUUUGUUAAUGAAAUCAGUGUCACACUGUAGGUUUUCACUUGAGUACAGGAAGCGGGGUUUAGUUUGAGUUGGCAGGGUUACUGCAGUUUAAAGCUCUAUACUAUAUAUUGAAGAGUUUUCUUCAUAAAAUGCACUUGCUGCAUUUAGAUUUGUAAAAUUUCUGAUUCAGUCUUUAUAUUUGAACCAGAUUUUGUCUGACUGCCAGUAUAUAUUCUGUAAUAAAAUAUGGAAUUAGUAACUGCUUCAGUUAUAGUGGAAUAAUGUGUACCCAGUAGCUUAAACCACACAAGCGUUUUCAGUGUUAUUUUAAGCCGUCCUGCAUAUAAUCAUAACACACAGGACAGUGUUUGUUUAAUAUUAAACCCUGAGUGUUUGCUGCACACAAUAUAUUGAACUACAGCGCUUGGAUUUUAUUAAUACAAUUUAAAUAAUACAAUUUCAUGCUUGCAUCUUGGAUGUUUUAUGGUGCGAUGUUACUUUAAUAUAUUUGUAAAUAUUAAGAACACUUUCAAUGAUCAGGAGGGUUGCUUGGUUCACUUUUAUUCAGGGAAAUUUUUAUUUUAGUUUUAUGUAUUUUCUUGCGGGGUGAACAAUGUCUAAGUACUUUAUAAACAUUUCAUUUCUAAACAUUUUGAAUUCGGCUGGUGUACAAAACUGAUGAUGGACGUCGGAACUGGGUUUUCUCCCUGUUUUAUUGAAUCAUCACUUAACUUUGAGAUGGUUUAUAAUGCAGAGGUGCCAAGACUGUAAUCUGAGCUGUUGAAAGUAAAACCCUCCAUGCACACUUCAUGUCUAUAGCUGCUUUAACCGUUUUAUCUUGCAGUAGAUCUUUUAAGAUAAAAGAUCUAUAUCCUGCCAGUUUCUGAGUGCAUGUGGACUAUUUAGACAAGUGUAGUUUUUCUUAUUGAUGCAAAAGACAAUGGCUUUUACUUUUAUACUAGCAUUUUAUUCUAUUAAUUUGGCUUAAAUGCACACAGAUUCCUGCUAAAAAAAAAAAAGAAAGCCUUAAUACGGUGUUGUGAUGUACUAUGACUAGUGAAUACAUUUACUAAGGCACUUGUAUGCUUAUUGGUUUCCCACCCUGUUUGAAACACUCCAAAUGUAGUAUCAAGAAAUAUGCACUCUAAUAAAAGCCAGCCGCUUUAACCAA